AGCUAGGCACGGUUCCCUGCACUGGAUUGUGUGCCUUUGGCAGUCAGUAGCACAUCUCUGGCAAGUGGAACUCGGCUUGUUGCUGCAAGCAAAUCGUUUUCUCUCUUGAUCUGAAAAGAAGGAUAUAUUGGAUGCACUGUACUCUUUAAAACAUACGUUGUCUACAGCUCUGGUUUACGGAUGGAAGCACUGAAGGGAUCUUGCUGAAUAGAGACACAGCAGGUCAUUUGAGCAAGAAACAAAAGUAUGAAGGUGGAAAAUAAUAUUAUGAAGACUUGGCAAUCAUGGGAGUUGGAGUUAAUGCAAUAACAAUCUCUACAUAGAUCUGCAACCUUGGGUAUUCACACUAUCAAGGGUACACCGUCCUUCACAUGCAGUCUGCAUGACAACUUUGGACAAGGCAAUUGAAAGGUUGUACAUUUUAACCAAGGACGACAAGUCACUGCUUGUAUGACUUCCACCAGCUGGCAAACAAUUUUUUUUACUCCAGAAAAAAUGAUCUGUUCAUUCAGAAGUUAAGUGUAGUGAUUGUAAAAUCCUUAAGGACCAAUCGCUUACUGGAGGGAAUCGGGCCAAGAUGAAGGACAUGUUGUUUGCUGUUCAUGUUUUUGUUGUCGCAGUGACUGCUUUAGUACACGCUGUAGAGAAGAAAGUGGACUGUCCCCAGUCAUGUGUUUGUGAAGUAAGGCCGUGGUUCUCCCCAGAAUCCAUUUAUAUGGAGGCUCCUACAGUCGACUGUAAUGAUGUAGGAGUUUUUAUUUUACCUCAGAGAUUACCGUCUGACACCCAGGUUUUAUUGCUACAGACUAACAAUAUUGCAAAAAUUGAAAAACCUGUCGACUAUCUGACCAACAUCACUGAGAUAGACUUAUCUCAAAACAAUUUAUCCUCAAUGAGUGAUAUCAAUCUAGGACAUCUGCUCCAACUUUUAUCUCUACACAUGGAAGAAAACAAGUUAAACAAUCUGCCUGACAACUGUUUGCCUGGACUGGCCAAUCUUCAGGAACUUUACAUCAAUCACAACUUAAUCUCUGUUAUUGCACCUGGAGCCUUCAAAGGGCUUCAGAACCUCUUCAGGCUCCACCUUAAUUCCAACAGGUUGCAGAUGAUCAACAGUGAGUGGUUUGAGGCAAUUCCACGGCUAGAGAUUCUCAUGAUUGGGGAGAAUCCAAUCAUCAAAAUCCAAGAUAUGAACUUUAAACCACUUAUCAAUCUGCGCAGCCUGGUUUUAGCAAGCAUGAAUCUUACUGAAAUACCUGACAGCGCUUUAGUUGGUCUUGAUAAUUUGGAGAGCAUCUCAUUUUAUGACAACACAUUUACUAAAGUGCCCCAUUCUGCUCUUCAGCAGAUUCCAAGCCUAAAAUUUUUGGAUCUAAAUAAAAACCCCAUACAAAGAAUAGAGAGAGGUGACUUCCAUGAUAUGCUACACUUGAAGGAGUUAGGAAUAAACAACAUGCCUGAACUGGUAUCUAUGGAUAGCCUCGCUUUAACCAAUUUGCCGGAACUGACAAAAAUAGAAGCAACAAAUAACCCUAAGUUAUCAUAUAUCCAUCCAAAUGCUUUCUACAAACUCCCCAGACUUGAAACAUUGAUGCUCAAUAGUAAUGCUCUCAGUGCCCUGUAUCGGAUUACAGUAGACUCUCUACCUAACCUUAGAGAAGUAAGCAUGCACAGUAAUCCGAUCAGAUGCGAUUGUGUCAUCCGUUGGAUAAACAUGGAUAAAACUAAUAUACGAUUUAUGGAGCCUGAUUCUUUGUUUUGUGUUGAACCACCUGAGUUUGAAGGCCAGCAUGUAAAACAAGUCCUUUUCCGAGAAAUGAUGGAAAUAUGCCUUCCUCUUAUUGCCCCAGAGAGUUUCCCUCCUCAAAUUAAUUCCUACAAUGGGAGUUCCAUUUCUUUACACUGUAGGGCAUUUGCAGAACCAGAGCCCGAAAUUUACUGGAUCACACCUUCAGGCAAAAAGGUCUUGCCCAACACAUUUACUGAGAAAUACUACAUGCAUCCAGAAGGAACCUUUGAAAUAUAUGAUAUUACAGAACAUGAAGCUGGUUUAUACACCUGCGUUGCCCACAACCUUGUUGGCGCAGAUUUAAAAACUAUUUUGGUAAAAGUUGAUGGAUCUUUUCCACAGCCUACUAAUGGGUCUUUGAAUGUCAACAUAAAAGACGUGAAAACUAAUUCAGUUGUGGUAUCUUGGGAAAACUCUCCUAAGAGUUUAGCAUCUAAUAUUAAAUGGUCCACAACGAUGAAAGUAAAUGCACCAACUGUCACCUAUACAGUCAGACUCCCAGCAGAUGUGAAGGUUUACAACCUAACCCUUCUAAACCCAUCAACAGAGUACGAAGUAUGUGUGGAUGUCCCCAGCAUCCACCAGCAGAAUGACAAGACAUGUGUCAAUGUCACAACAAGAGGAUUAGACCUUGCAGUGAAAACAAAAGAAAAGUGGAGCACAGCAACAUUAAUUGCAGUCCUUGGAGCACUCAUUGGUGUAGCUUUCAUGUCUUGCCUCAUAUGGUAUGUAGCUUUUAAGAGAAAGUGCAUAUUAAGAAAUCACUUUUUAAGCAAUUCCCAGCCAAAAAAGCCAACCAUUCCUUUAGAUGAGUUGUACUCUCCACUUACCAGUCUUUGGGUAUCUGAAAAGGGAAUGGGUUCAGCUGUAGAAGUAAAAACCACAGUAAUAGAUGUGUCAAACAAUUUCUUAUAAGAAAUAACUAAGUCAUUUGGCUUUUAUAUACAAAAAAAAAAUGAGAGGCGUGGGGAAAAAGCACAAGACUGCAUUCACUGUGCUACGUUAACCUUGGUACCAACUUUUGGAACAUUUUACUACAGCGUUGGUCCACAAGGAAUGGGAAUAUAAUUUGUUAACAGCUUACAUAUUCCUAAAAAUGACAUAGAAAGAAAGGUACCAGAGCAUACUGUUUGCAACAUUACAUUGAAUGUGAUAUUCCUGGGUACUGGCCAUAUGAAUCCUGCAAAUGGAAUAAAGAAAACAAGAAAACAUUGUCUCUGUUACUGACUGUUAUAUAUGUAAAGAGUAGUGGAGCUAUCCUAGUGGUCCUGAGCAAUAUUGUAUGUGCUGUAUUAUAAACAUAGGCAAGUGAAAAUACCACAUGUCGUGUUCUAACAAAGAAAAUCCAGUAAACUAGAGGAUACCAGUGACUAUGAUGUGAAACACUUUUUAUGAAAUAAUAUACAUUUUUGAAAAAUAAAUAAAACUGUGGUUUUUGCCUUUUCAUUUAAAAGCAAAGUGAAUGAUCCAAACCAAACAAGAACUGUGGGCCCUGUUCAUAAAGGUUUAACUCAUGAGCUAUAAAAAAAGGGCUACUUGUUUUAAGCUAAUGAGUUCAUUACAAAUGGAUAUUACUGGAAGGGUAAAACGAUUUUCUUUUUUUGUCAAGACAAAAAAAACAUGGAAGAGUAACUAAGCUUUGUGAAUCUGUUCCAGUUUCUCAUCCAAAUCUUUUAAUUUCACUGUAUAUUAAAAUUCUACACAAUCUUAUCACUGGAAAUGAUCUGGUGUAAAUAACUAGAAAGAACAGUACAUGGUGGGAUGUCUGAUAAGCCAAAAUCAUAAAGCUAGAUUUCCAGUGAAAUACUCCGGGUCUGGAGUACAAGGAAAUAAAGGAUAAAGGACAAGGAAUAAAAGCAUUAUUAACCAGCUGCUACAGAAAUGAAGAGAAAUGGCUGAAAUAUCCAUUCCAAAAAAGUUUCAUAAAACAUUAUAUUGUACAAGUAGAACACUGAAUUCUAUAAAAACUUGAAAAAGCAAUUUACAAAAUAUUUUGAAACAAGUGCUGCAGGGGCAAAAGCAGAUUGCUGUUCAUUUACUGUAUUUUGUCAUGCUUUUGGCUUUAAAAUUGGGCCCUAUAACAUGUAGAAUGUUUUUUUUAUUUUUUUUAACACAUGUGAUAGUUUUGAUAUUUGUAUGUACUGGAUCAUUACUCAGCUGGGGGUAUCACUACCACUGUAGUUUUACUGCCCAUCACUGAAAAAGUUUCUAGCUUGCCAACUGAACAUCACACUAAUAUGCGUUCGGUGUAAAUAAUAGCCCUUCUCAAUCACAGCUAUUGUUCACAUAGUAAAACAUAGCAACCUGUUUGAGAGAUUGAAUAGUUUAUAAAAGCAAGUAGAAUUGUGUAUUCUGAUGUCUGCAGCCAUUGCCAUUCAUAACAACAUCAUUAUCUACUUCCCUGUAAUGGUUUUACUAAAAAAUAAUAACAAAUCCAAAUUGGCUCAUCCAUUUUACUGCUACUUUGAGAAAGCCAGUAACAGAGAAUAGAACUGCCACAACCUACUUCUGUUUCACAGAUUUAUCUCAGAAGCAAUAGGAACCAAGUUUGUAUCUAACUCUGUAACUAUAUAACCAUUUAACGAUAUUUUAUCAACAUAUUUCAAUCAUGAUUGCUACAUAAGCUUAUUGAGACCAUUGCCUGUUGGAGGGUUGUGCAUGUAACAAAAGAACACACGGGAAAAAUGGAGAUAUUGGCAAUAUCCCCAUUAAUAUGUAACCUGCUUGAUUUUUUUGAGGAUGCAACACCGACAAUGGAUAAUUGCAAAGCAUA